CCCCACAGAUCCCCCUUUAAGGCUCCAUUCAGCUGGGAAAUUUGGGAUGAAUCAAGGCUGGAAAAGGGCCGGAAUGGGAUGAGGACACAGAGCAGGAUGGGGCCGAUGAGUGGGAGGAAGGGAGGCAGAGCGGGGCCGUGUGCUCAGCAAUAGGAAAUGCUUUAUGAGCGGGGAGCGGUGGAGCAGAGCCAGGCAGGAAGAGGCAGCGAGGAGGAACAGUUUUUGGUGACUUCUCCCACAUCCCGAGCACAGAACGCUCCGCAUUGGGGCUGAGCUGUGUUAAGGGUUGGGGGGCUCAAUAGUGGCCCUAUGAGGAUCUGUGGGGUGUGGGGUAACGUGGCCGGUGUCCCCGGCUGAGAGCGGCGUUGGGACGUGGGAUCCGGAGCUGGGAAUCGCCCCCAGAUGUUAUAGGAAAAUGCCCCCCAGAGCCCGUGGUGGGGCCGUGCUGGUGCUGCUGAGCCUCUCGUUGGCCAUCGCUGCCGAUGAGCUGCAAUGUGCAUGCGACAUGCCAUACUGCCCCACACCCACCUGCACCGGCAAGGUGUGCUUCGUCAGCAAGAGGAGGGAGGCAGGGAGGGUGACCCAGCACAAGGGCUGCUUCUCAGAGCACCUGCUGGAGAACUGCAAGCCCUACGUGAUGGAGCACUUCGGCGUCCGCUGCUGCAAUGCCAGCAUGUGCAAUGCUGAGCUGGAGAUCUACCUGAGAGGAGAAGAAGCCCUGGGACAGUCCCCUUCCCUCUCCAACCUCCUCCUGCUGAUCUUCGUCCCGCUGCUGACGCUCCUCAUCCUCGUGGCUCUCACCAUCCUCUUCCUCUGGAAGCUGGCCCAGCAUCGCCGCAAGAGGCUGCUCCUCUUCAAGCACAGCGACCUGGGGGACACGGACUUGAUGCUGAAGGCAUCCAUGGUGGGAGACAGCACGCUGGAGGAUUUGCUGAAUGAUGACUGCACCACGGGCAGCGGCUCAGGGCUGCCCUUCCUUGUCCAGCGCACGGUGGCCCGGCAGAUCACCCUCGUGGAGUGUGUGGGUAAAGGGCGUUAUGGCGAGGUGUGGCGAGGUGUGUGGCAAGGGGAGAACGUAGCCGUCAAGAUCUUCUCAUCCCGGGAUGAGCAGUCGUGGUUCCGUGAGACCGAGAUCUACAACACGGUGCUGCUGCGGCACGACAACAUCCUGGGCUUCAUCGCCUCCGAUAUGACCUCGAGGAACUCCAGCACCCAGCUGUGGUUAAUUACUCACUACCACGAGAAGGGGUCUCUCUACGACUACCUGCAGAGGACAACCCUGGAUGUGGAGACCUGCCUGGGGUUGGCAGCCUCCAUCAUCUGUGGCCUCGUCCACCUCCACGUGGAGAUCUUUGGCACACAGGGCAAACCCGCUAUCGCUCACCGUGACCUGAAGAGCAGGAACAUCCUGGUCAAAAGCAACCGUCAGUGCUGCAUCGCCGACCUGGGCCUGGCCGUCAUGCACUCCCAGGGCAGCGACUACCUGGACAUUGGCCACAACCCUCGCGUUGGCACCAAACGUUACAUGGCGCCGGAGGUUCUGAGCGAGCAGAUCCGCACCGACUGCUUCGAGUCCUAUAAGAAGACAGAUAUCUGGGCUUAUGGCUUGGUGCUAUGGGAGAUCACCCGGCGCACCGCAGUCAAUGGCAUCGUGGAGGAGUACCGGCCGCCCUUCUUCGAUGCGGUGCCCAGUGAUCCCAGCUUCGAGGACAUGAAGAAGGUGGUUUGCAUUGAGCAGAGAACCCCCACCGUGCCCAACCGCCUCUUCUCAGACCCGGUUCUUCGUGCUCUGCCGGGACUGAUGAAGGAGUGCUGGUAUCAGAGCCCAGCAGCACGACUCACAGCUCUGCGCAUCAAGAAAUCCUUGCAGAAGCUGCAGCAAAACCUGCACCAACCCAAAGAGGAGCAGUGAGCCCCAAAGUGGGGGGAGGAAAGUGGAGGGGGGGGGGGAGAGAAAUGCAACAGCAAAAAGAAGCAAAAAACAAAAAGCAAAUCAAAAGCAAAGCAGCAUUUUCCUGCUGUGGUCGCUGCAUCCCUUUGCACCCACAGCCCACGUUGGUUGUGGGGCAGCUCAUCUUAUUUAAUGACCCAAAUGUAAUAUAUUGAAUAAAGCACAGCGCUGUCGUGGCACUA